UUGGGGCUCGCCAGGAUGGGGAAGGGGAGGUGGAGUUUCCAAGAGGGAACUUGACCCGUUAGCAGCCGCGGCCAUGGCGGCGCGCUCGCCUCCCUCCCCGCUCCCUCCGCCCCCAGCGCGACAGUUGGGUCCCUGGUCCCCACGUGUUGGGCGGGGAGCUGUGGUACACGCAGUGCGCAGCGAGGCCUCGGGUCUUGCGAAUGCAGUGCGGGAGGGCGUCGUGGACGAAAACGAUAUAUGCUGGCGGGGCGAAGAAGGGUCAGGGGGCCGGCGAGGGCCAGGGGGGGCAGCUCCGGCUCAGGCUCCCCUCCUCAGCUCGCCCAUGGGGUCCAAGCGACUAGAGGGCAUCUCGGUAGAGGAGGCGAUGGUGACCCGGACGCAGCUGCUGGAGGAAGAGCUGAGCAGCCUAAAGGAGGAGCUGGCCCUGUGUCAGGCUGAUAAAGAAUUUGUAUGGUCUCUGUGGAAACGUCUCCAGGUGACAAACCCAGAUCUCACACAAGCAGUCAGUUUGGUUGUAGAACGAGAAAAACAGAAAUCUGAAGCUAAAGACAGAAAAGUUUUAGAAAUUCUGCAAGUGAAGGAUGCUAAAAUACAAGAAUUGGAACAGAGAGAAACAGGACUAAAAAAGGAAAUAAAUGACCUUGUAAAACGGAAGAUUGCAGUUGAUGAAGAAAACGUUUUCUUAAGGAAAGAAUUCAGCGACUUGCAGAAGAAAUUUAAAGAUAAAAGUCAGGAAGCUAAGGACACUAAGGAGUGUGUACAGAAUAAGGAAGAGCAAAACAGACUGGUUAUAAAAACUCUGGAGGAGGAAAAUGAGAAAUUAAGUACCCGCUGCGCUGACCUGCUAAAUGACCUGGAGAAACUGAGGAAGCAAGAAGCACAUUGGAGAAAAGAAAAAUAUAGCAUUGAUGCAAAAAUAAAGGCCUUUGAAGAUGAUUUAAUUGAAGCAAGAAAAGAAAUUGAAGUAUCACAGAGUAAAUAUAAUGCUGUGUCAUUACAGUUGAAUAAUAAACAGACUGAACUUAUCCAGAAGGAUAUGGAUAUUACCCUUGUCAGGAAGGAGUUGCAGGAGCUGCAGAACCUGUACAAACAGAACAGUGCACACACAGCACAGCAAGCGGAGCUGAUCCAGCAGCUCCAGGUUCUGAACAUGGACACACAGAAAGUACUGAGGAAUCAGGAAGACGUCCACACAGCCGAAAGCAUAUCAUAUCAAAAACUUUACAAUGAGUUACAUAUUUGCUUUGAAACCACAAAAUCAAGUGAAGCUAUGCUCCGGCAAAGUGUUGUUAGUCUUCAAGAUCAGCUAUUUCAAAAAGAGCAAGAAAAUGCUAAAUUAAAAGAAAAGCUUCAGGAAUCACAAGGAGCACCCUAUCCUUUACCUCAAGAAAGUGAUUCAGAACACUCAGAACAGGUAUCUCAACGGCCAUCUUUAUCGAGCUUAGAAACUUUAAUGGUCUCACAGAAGUCUGAAAUCGAGUAUUUACAGGAAAAACUAAAAAUAGCAAAUGAAAAACUCUCAGAGAACAAAUCUACCAACAAGGAUUCCUCAGAGAAGGGCAUCUGGACAAGUACUGAAGGCAAACAUAAGGAACCACCUGUGAAACGUUCAAGGUCUUUGUCCCCAAAGAGUUCUUUCACAGACUCAGAGGAGCUGAGGAAGCUGUGGAAAGCUGAAAGAAAGAUUGAAAACUUAGAGAAGGCACUACAACUAAAGAGCCAAGAAAAUGAUGAGCUAAGAGAUGCCCAUGAAAAACGCAAGGAAAGGCUACAGAUGUUACAGACCAACUACAGAGCAGUAAAAGAGCAAUUAAAACAGUGGGAAGAAGGCAGUGGCAUGACUCCUAUCAGAAAAAUAAAGAGAGCAGAUCCCCAACAACUUCGCCAAGAAGAUUCUGAUGCUGUGUGGAAUGAACUGGCCUAUUUCAAAAGGGAGAACCAGGAGCUAAUGAUUCAAAAGAUGAAUCUUCAAGAAGAAUUGGAUAAACUUAAAGUACGUAUAUCUAUUGAUAAGGCAACAAUACGAGAAUUGAACACAUGUGUGGCAGAGAAAAGAGAAGAACAACUCUGUGGAUAUGGUGAAGAUGAUGGGGUCAAGAAGAGUACUCCAGAGAAGAAUGGGAAAGAAAUGUCGGAGCAGACAUGGCAGAAGGUCAUUGAAUUGGAAAGUCGGCUAAAAUCUUUUGAGAAAAGGUCAAGAAAAUUAAAAGAAGGGAAUAAAAAAUUAAUGAAAGAAAAUGACUUCCUGCAAUCACUCUUAAAGCAGCAACAGGAAGAUGCAGAGGACAGGGAAAAAGAGCUAGAACAGCUACAAAGGGGGAGUAAAGAAGUAGAAAAAGAUAAAGCUGGACUUCAAGUAAAAAUCAGUGAGCUGGAGAGAGAAGUCACUUCCCUAAGGAGACAAGUGGCAGAAGCUAAUGGUUUGAGAAAUGAAAAUGAAGAGCUGAAGAAUUCAAUGGAGAAACUGCAGCAAUUAGCAGACAAAGCUAAAUCUGAGACGGCCACCACGGAAGUGAGAUCUGGACAAUAUGAUUGUAAGACAACCACUACCAAGGUUAAAUUUAAAGCCGCCAAGAAAAAGUGCCCUGUGGGCCGUUACCACACUGUUCUCAAUCACUCCAUCAAGGUUAUGAGCAAUGUGUUUGAGAACCUCAGCAAGGACGGCUGGGAGGAUGUGAGUGAAAGCAGCAGUGAUCCUGAAGCACAGACCUCUCAAAAUUUAGGAACAAUUAUUGUAGAAACAUCCCAGAAAAUAAGUGCUAUAGAAGAUGGAAGAGACCAGAAACAAAGUGACCAAACAGAAGGUAGCCAAACGCAAGGAAAAGAAAUGGUACGAAUAUAUUCAAACACAGAUGGCAAGACCCCAAAGGAUUAUUUUCAUUGCAAGAAUGCCAGAAAGCCAACUUUUCAAAAGAAGAAUGGUAAUAUACAAAAGAGUUCUCAUACAACAGUUCCUACCAGAGUUAACAGAGAAAAGUGGAAAAAUAUAACUUCCCAGAAGUCAAAUAGCAAUAUUAUUUUAUUACGAGAACGUAUUGUAUCUUUACAACAACAAAACAGCAUACUUCAUAAUGCCAAAAAAACAGCGGAAUUGUCUGUAAAAGAAUAUAAAGAAAUAAAUGAAAAACUCCUUCAGCAGCAACAAGUAUCUGAUCAACGAUAUCAGACAAGCAGACAGACAAUAAAGAAGCUAAAUUUGGAUUUGGCUGACCUUCGGAAGGAAAAAGAAGACUUACUGAAGAAAUUGGAGUCCUCCUCUGAAAUCACAAGUUUGGCAGAAGAAGUUUCCCGAGUAAUAGUUCCACGGAUACAAGUUACAUCACUUGGUCCUUCAAGGAGCAUGGAUUUGGAGAUGAAGCAAUUGCAGUGUAAACUAAAGAAUGCAACUAAUGAGCUCACUAAACAGUCCUCAAAUGUGAAGUCUCUGAAAUUUGAACUCCUAGCAAAAGAAGAACACAUAAAGGAAAUGCAUGAAAAGAUAUCUCGAAUGGAGAGGGAUAUAACCAUGAAAAGACAUUUGAUAGAGGACUUGAAAUUUCGACAGAAAGUAAAUUUGGAAAGUAAUGAGAGUAUUAAUGAAAUGUUAGAAAAUCUUGAAAAAAAGGUGAAGACACUAACUGAAGAGUGUUCCAACAGGAAGGUGUCAAUUGAUUCACUAAAACAGAGACUCAGUGUUGCUGUAAAGGAGAAGUCACAGUUUGAACAGAUGUAUCAAAAAACUAAAGAGGAAUUAGAAAAAAAGGAUGUCAAGCUUGGUCUCCUAGUAUCAAAAAUAAGUGAGACUGAAUCUGCAAUGGCAGAAAUUGAAACAGCAGCAUCCAAGCAUCUUCAAGGAUUAGCACUGAAAAGUGAGCAGGCCCUAGAAGGUGCACAAAAGAAGUUGCUCUUAGCCAAUGAGAAAGUGGAGGAGUUCACCAUCUUUGUGAAGGCUUUGGUCAAGGAAUUACAAAAUGAUGUCUAUGAAAUAAGGCAACAAAUCAGAGAGCGUAAAAAAAUGCAGAAAAACAGGGACGCUUGCAGAACUUCAACCCAUAAAGCCCAGACGUUGGCAGCUUCUAUUCUCAACAUUUCACGGUCAGAUCUAGAGGAAAUAUUAGAUACAGAAGAUGAAAUGGAAAUAGAAAGGACGAAGAUAGAUGCUGAAAAUGAUCGGGAAUGGCUGUUGUACAUUCAGAAACUUCUUGAAGGACAGCUUCCUUUUGCCUCAUAUUUGCUAGAAGCAGUACUGGAGAAAAUAAAUGAAAGAAAGAAACUAGUUGAAGGAUAUUUCACAAUUAUGAAAGAUAUUAGAUGAUAUUAUGAUGAAGAACUUUUUUUCAAAUGUGAAAACUUUUUGUGUGGUGGGACUGGAGAAAUGCAUUGCAAUCCUGAUACAGUAUCUGCUCCAACUAUCAAUAGUCAGGUUCAAUACCAAAAUAAGAAGUCUCUGAAACUAAUUAAUUGCUGAACAAGUGAAACUAAUUAAGUACACAGCCAUUUUAAAGGAAAUAGUGUAGCAUUUGAUUGUUGAAUACAAAUAUUGCCACAAAUCAAUGCAAACUUAAAAAUGAUUUUCCUUCCAGUGCAGUAGAAGAAAUUAGAACAAGCUUGGACACACAAAUUGGCCUGAAUAUAAGAAGAAAAAGGUGUAAACUGAGGACUUAAUGUUUUAAGUUUUGUAAGAAACUAGACCAUUUACAUAAAACCAGUAUAAAAGGCCUUAAAUCAUCCAAUGAAGAGCAAUUUGUUUUGUUGGCAAAUAUAAAACGAAGCAUCAUAUCUUAAGGAUGAGAAUUUAAUGAAAUAAAUUGUGUGGUCCAAUUAUAUCUGUUCUCAAUAUACUGGAUUAUGUAGGAGACACUGUAUUUUCCUAGAACUACUUGGCAAAAAUAAAAACAUUUUCUCCUUUUCUCCCUUUCUUUUUUUAAAUUCACAAGACUUUGUGUGGCCAUCUAAAUUAGCAAGGGACCACAAGCCCAGUGUAUAAAAUUAGGCUAGAUCCAGCAUAACUCCUACUGUGGUCAGCUAAUUAAGUUCAAAUUCCUAAUGAUGAUAUCAUCUUUAUUUAGAUUUCCAAAUACUCUUAACCCCAUUUCACCUUUUCGCUAUAUUCCUGCCACACAUGACCUUUCUGGUUCCUCUAAUUCACCAAACUUCUGCCUGCCUCCAGCCUUUACUCUUUUUCUUUUCUAGAAUAGUCUGUACGUUUUUCUCAUGACUGGCUCCUUCUCAUCAUUCAGGAUCACCUUUAUCUGCUCCCUCAGGGACACAUUCCCUGGCCAUCUUACUAAUUUCCUUUAUCACAGAAAAUUGGCUAUUUUACCUGUUCACUUAUAUGUCUUCAUGUUAUUUUCUCCUCCCCUUUCCCUUUAGAAUACAGGUCCCCUGAGGUUAAGGCAGCGGUUGGCAAAUUAUGGCCCACAAGCCAAAUCUGGACUGCCGCCUGUUUUUGUGCGGCCCACAAGCUAAGAAUAAUUUUUACAUUGUCAAAUGGUUUAAAACAAAAAGAGAAUAUGUUUUAUAGCAUGUGAAGUUUAUAUAAAAUUCAAAUUUUAGUGUCCAUCAAUAAAGUUUUAUUGGAACACAGUGAUGGUCAUUUAUUUAUGUAUUGUUCAUGGCUGCUUUCAAACUACAGUAGUGCAAGUGAGUAUGCAGCCCAGACCAUAUGUGAUGUUGUGGUCACUUUGCACUACUUAGCACACUACAAAUCACAAUGACACAAUUCUAGGAAAAUACAGUUACAACUUGACAGCAUUUCAGAUGCCACAAUACUACUCUACUGCACUUUUUAAGAAAAAUAUAUACCCAUCAUGUCAAAACAAGAAAAGAAGAGAAAAAUGGCUGUCAGCGUGACAUUUUUUAUGGCAUAGCAGAGUGUGGAUUAUCUUGCUAUUGAAUUAGAUGGCAAAACAUUGGGAUUAUUAUACAGUAACAGUAUACCUAUGCUGAAAGAAUGCACUGUAUAUGGACAUUACUGAACUAAGUACUCAUAACAGAAUUUCCAACUCACAAGAAAACAAUGAUAAGAAAAUAAAUUACAAGAUUUUUAAUAUAAUAUCUGAUCAAGAAGAAUUUUGUUACAAAGAUAAAAUGUGACUGAAUUUCUAUGCAGGCCUGAGGUCUUCCAGGAAGAAGGCAAGAGGAAUCAGACAGCAAUGUUACCAUAGAAGGAGAGGGACAGAGAAAUUUGACGAUGCUACCCCAAUAACUUUAAGUAUAGAAGAAAGGGGCCAUCAACUAAAGACUGUAGGUGAUCCCCAGACACUGGAAAAGUCAAGGAAAUGGAUUGUCCACCACAGAGACUCCAGGAAAAAAACAAAAAACAAAAAAACAGCAUUUGUUAACAUCUUGACUUUAGCCUAAUAAAACUGAUUUUGCACAUCCCCAGCUAUUAGAAUAAAUUUUGCUUUUUAAGCCA